GGGAUCGGAUCGACGAAUUAAUAUAGCACAAGUCUAAACGGGUCAACCAGCCAAAAACCCCAUGGAUCCAAAAUUGUUCAAACCUUUGAUCUAAGUUUUAACACACCUUGAAGCUCUUGUAAUGGCGGAAUUGUUCGAUUUAUCUUUCACAUAUUCCCAGUUUCAAUAUCAACGAUAACACAGGAGCUCCAUUAAUGGUUCGGUUAAGAUCAAUUUUGCUUUUUCUUCUGCUCUUUAAGAGUUUCGGGUCAAUUAUUGCCGAAGAGGAAGAUCAAAUUGAACAGUUCUCAGAAGCACUCUUGUUGAGGCCAUUGCCAGAUCGUAAAGUGCUUGCUCAUUUUCAUUUCGAAAGUAAAGUCCCACCAACUCGAACACAUGGCAGCCACCACCACCUUUUCCCCAAAUCCAUUUAUCAGCUGGUCCAUAAAUUUAGAGUUCAAGAAAUGGAGCUGUCGUUCACACAAGGUCGCUGGAAUUAUGCACGCUGGGGUGGAUAUGAUCCCAUUUCAAGUAGAAAUGCGAAGCCUCCUGGAGUUGAACUCUGGGCUACUUUUGAUGUUCCACAACAUCAGGUCGACGCUUCGUGGAGAAAUUUAACACACGCUCUUUCAGGGCUCUUUUGUGCUUCUAUUAACUUCCUAGAGUCAUCAACUGCUUAUUCUUCUCCUCAAUGGAGCUUCAAGUCAUUUGCUACAAAUAUCAGAUAUGGCACCUUGCCCCGUGAGGCUGUUUGCACAGAGAACCUCACUCCCUGGCUAAAGUUGCUUCCUUGCCGAGACAAAGCUGGACUUUCUGCAUUGAUGGACAGACCUUCUAUCUACAGAGGAUUUUAUCACUCUCAGAGGUUGCAUUUAAUCUCAAAUGAAUUUGAUCUAGCUGCAGCAAGUUCUGGAAUGGUGCUUGAACAGACACUUACUGUUGUUCUCCAACCGGUUACUUUAGGAAGUGGCAUGACAUCAUCUGUUGGCUCAAUACAGCAGCCAAGUUGGUCACUGAGCACAUUGUUUGGACGAAAAGUAAGUGGAAGGUGUGUUCUUUCAAAUGCUAGUAAUGUGUAUGUCCAAUUAGAGCCGGAUUUGGUGUCUGAAUUGAAGACUACUUCAGAGACGCAACAGCAAUCUGAUGUUGGGAAUUUGAUAUCUGAAGCUUGGAGUGACAUGAGCUUUGAAAUGUCUGAGUCCGCAGUCAGGGUAAUUAAAGAAGCUAAUGGCUUUCUGAAGGAGUCAUCCCUUCUAUAUGAAUUUUCUCUAGAAAAUUAUAGUGAUUCAAGGCCAUUCGACUUGGAGUUCAGGUGGAAGCGUCCCGUGACUUGGUCAUCUCAACUGGCACCCUUGCAGGCUCGCAGGUUCCUUAUGGGAAGUGGGAAUGAAAGGGGUGCCAUAGCCAUCUCCUUGAAGUCUGUAGGUAGAAGUGAGUAUGCAAAAUCUUCUGUCAACGAGGAAGGAAGAUGCUUGUUACGUGUUGAUGUAUUCCAAGUAGUGCCUUGGUAUGUCAAGGUUUAUUACCAUACACUUAAAGUGUUUCUAGAUGAACGUCUUCACAGUUUAGCAGAUGUUGUAGAAAGGACAAACGUUUCGCCUUCUGAAGACAAGGUUUCCCCUGGGCUAAUGGAAAUAGCAUUGCGGUUGCCAUGUGAUGUGCACUCGGUGAUAUUGACAUUGGAGUUUGAUAAGGGUUUUCUGCACAUCGAUGAGUAUCCUCCAGAUGCUAACCAGGGAUUUGACAUUCCAUCAGCUUUAAUCAGGUUUCCUGGGAUCAAAACAAAGAUGGAUUUAUUUGAGGAUAAAUCUGCUUGCAAGUCACCUAUCUUAUCCAAGCUACAGGAAGAAAGCCCUGUUCUAUGGUACACAGAAGUACUGCUUGUACCCUUGACCACUCCUGAUUUUAGCAUGCCAUACAAUGUCAUCACGAUUACAUGCACUGUAUUUGCUCUAUAUUUUGGAUCACUGCUUAAUGCGUUACGUAGGCGUGUUGAUGAGGAGGAGAGGCUUCUGAAAAAUAAAGCUGCCAAGCCCAGUGGUCCGAUAGGCGUGCUACUGUCCAAGUUAUCAGCUAAAUUGAGAGGAAAACCGUUGGAACCACCGCCCCCAUCCUCUUCAUCAAAAGUCAGUUAUAAGCUGAUUCUCAGAGUGAUACUGGUGGCUGGUAUUGCUGCUGCUUGGCAGUACUUCUAUGGAUGACCUCCAAAUGAAGCUACAGAAAGAAGUUUUGUACUAUAUGUUACAUGAUUGCCACGGGACUUAGAGCAUAGAUUUCAUCAAUCAAACAAAAUCUCCCUUGUUUAGGAUUCUGCAUUGUAUCAUCCAAAUUAAUUGUCAACCACUAUGGCCAGUUCCUUUUUUUUUUUCGUGUCUGAUUCCUGCAUCGGACAUCCUCAACUUCAUUUGUUAUCAGGUACCAGAAUUUUCGAUCUUGUAACUAAGAAAUGUUUCAAAAAGGAAGGUUAGAUGUACAAGUU